AUGUUUGCUACAAAUCCGAGUGCAGGGGGAUUAGGAGCCGCGGAGUUGUGGGCCGUAAAGCUGUGGAUCCGCGAAACCGCGGACCAUGUUCUCCAGCCGUCGCUCUACUGGAAACAGAAGAUUGCGGCGCUACUUGAAAUCAUUGCAGAAGUGCGAGCUGAGAUAAUUAACAGCAGACAUAGCGAGGCAGACGGCUGGGAGCGGGUGAAGAAGAAUCCUGCUCGGUUCCGGCUACGCAAAGAAGCGCCUGUAAAGGUAUUCAAAUAUAUCCCUCGCGCGCACAACUCCAUCAAAUAG